GGCCGCCAGCUGCGCGCAUCCUGGUCGCGAGCGCCGACCAGGGGUGCGGAGGGGUGGCGGCGGAACCCGGCUGCGGAGGGUGCGCCCGAGGCUGGCACCCCGAGGACAACGGCGAGGCCAAACAGCCGAGAUGUGAAAGUAAAGAAAGGACAUAUAAAAUAACAAAGAUGGUUUUGAGCCAGAAUGUCUCAGCGGUUGGACCACUUAAUUUGUAUCCCAUGGUGCACAUCAGCCUCAUGUUUGGUAUUUCGUAUGUUUUGCCUGAUUUUUCAGAUGAAUCUUGCACUUUAAAGAUGACAUUACGAAAUUUGCAGUCAGUCUUAUCAUGGGAAUUAAAAAACCAUUCACUUGUACCAACCCACUAUACAUUAUGGUACACCAUCAUGAGUAAACAGGAAGAUAUGAAGAUCGUUGGGGACUGUACAAAUAUCACAAGAUCAUUCUGUGACCUAACAGAUGUGUGGGUAAACAUGACAGAGAUGUACAUCCCCAAAGUGGUUGGAUUCAGAGGGAACGCAGAGCUGGUCAGUUGUAUGGGCUCUUUCUUCCUGGCAAUGGACACACUGCCUUUGGACCCACCAGAGUUUGAGAUUGUUGGUUUUACAGACCACAUCAGUGUCAAUGUGAAAUUUCAGUCUGUCGCUCCCAAGAUACUAAAUGAGGAAGAAUUACAGUUUUACUUAGCAUUAAUUGAAGAACAAUCAGGGGGGACCGUUAAGAAGCAUAAACCCCAAAUAAAUGGAAACGUCACUGAAGAUUUCAUUUAUAUCAUCGACAAGUUAAUUCCAAAAACAAACUACUGUGUAUCUGUUUAUUUCGAGCCUAAACAUCCGAGAAAAAUAAAUAGAUCUCCCUUAAAAUGUACCCUCUUCCAACCUGGAUGGGAAUCAGAGUCAUCAGAAUCUGCCACAAUAGGAGGAAUAAUUACUCUGUUUUUAGUGGCUGCUGUCGUCAUAAGCACUGUAAUGAUGCUGAAACGGAUCGGUUACAUAUGCGUAAGAAAUAAUUUCCCCAAAGUUUUGAAUUUUAAUAAAUUGUCAGUCUGGGUAUUUCCCGAGCUGCCUCCGUUGGAAAAAGUGGCUACCGUGGAGCUUAUUCACAUCAACAGAAAGAAGAAAGUGUGGAAUUAUAAUUAUGAUGAUGAAAGUGACAGCGAGGAUGAAGCAGCCCCCCGAAUAAGCGCAGGUGGUUACACCACGCACGGACUAACGGGCAGGCUGUGGCCCGCCUCUGUGUCCUCGGCCACCUUGGAGGACUGCAGUGACCCGGCUACUGAGGAGCGUGACCUGCCGGAGCCCGAGGCUGAUGCUGAGGCCCUGAUGGCACCAGGGCCCAGCCCCUGGCAGUCGGAAUGCACAAGUAGGGGCUACCAGGGGAGAGGGAACCUGCUGCAGGACCCCUUUUCCGAGGAGGACAGCAGCCCCACGGAGGGGUCUGGGGACAGAAUUGUCUUCAAUGUGGAUUUGAAGUCUGUGUGCGUGAGGGCCCUUGAGGACAACGACGACUCAGAAGUCACUCCAAUGUUACCAUCUGGUCCAGAAGAGACAGUUGUGCUAGAGGACCCCGACGAGACAGAAUCGAACCUUCUUCUGGUGGCCAGUGGAGAAGGGACACAGCUGCCCUUCCCCGGCCCCUCUGCGGAGUAUCCGUGGCCUGAAGAUUCUCCUUCUGAUGAAAGUGACACUUCCGAAUCGGAUGUUGACAUGGGGGAUGGUUAUGUAAUGAGAUGAAUGAAUCAAGAAAUAUUUAAUUAACUUGGACACCUGCUACCUCCGGUGCUGUCCCUCCCAGCACCCGCACUUGCUCCUUUGGGGUCUCCAAGUGUUCUCCGACGGAAAGAUUAGGAGACUGGUGACAUCAUCUGUGCAAAUUCCCAGUCUGGGGGAAGGGGGGGUGGGAAACAGAGUAUUCUGGUAACAUUCAGUGUGUUGUUUACCAGUUCAAAGUGAUUUGCUUUGAAGGGAAAAGGCCCUGCCCAUUCCCUUUAUUCUCAUGGAUGUCUAAUGUUUCUGCAUCAUGUUUCCCAGAGUAAAGAGCAGGGUUUAUAGCAGGGGCAGUCAGCAUUGUUUACCAAAGUCUCCAGGGAAGAGCUGGAAAGCAGCAGAAAAAGAGGAGGGAGGCUGGGCUGCGGGAGAGAAAGGAGGGGCACACACCAGGAAACAGAAGCACAGGCUUCGGGUUGGGCUAGAAGUAGGGAAGGUCCAGCCAAGUCUUGGGCACCUCCCUGAUGAUAUUCUGUCGCCUACACUCUUGAAAAUUCAACUCUCAGCCCCUUGCACAACCCUCCUCAAUCUGAGUGAGGAAGAGACACACCAAGUGCGGGCCGGGUGACUAAUACAGAAACAUUUGCAUAAGGGAGAGGGACAGAAUCUCUGUGUCAUAUUUUAAGAUUUAAUUUUGUACAAUGGUUGGAGGUUGGUAAAAAAGAAAACACGCUUUUUAAUAUAAAUUUGGGAAUGUCUUCAGAGUUGUUUCUUAUUAGACAGGAUAUAUAUGCAGCGGAUGUGUGGUUCUGCUGGCAUCUCUAGGUUGCACAAAACUCCCUCCAACUCUGUGCAGUGGCCUAUGGGGGCCAAAGGCACAUUCUCCCUCCCUGCGUUCAAGUUCAUGUGAGGUGUUUUAGCGACAGACGUCAGGCAGUGUCUUACACCCCCUGGUACUUACCCUGCUCUGGGUUUUCCAACCUCACCACUGCAGAGCUGAAAAAGAGGAAAUUAGGCCUUUCUCAGCAGUGUUGUGAGAGAAACGAUUAUUGACAAAGAAAUGACUUGGCUUUGUGUUGUUGCUUAUCCCUGGGGGGAGGGGGGAGUUACGGUAAAGAAGACCCUCUCAAACUGGAUUUGCUAAUGGAGUGCUUUAAAAUCAGUUUAUUUGCGGGGAGAGGGGUUACAGAGGCCGUGCCUGUUCUCUGGAGAAAACUUGGGGAAUACUGCAUGGUGUAAACCACCACCAUCCAGAUAUCACCUCUGGGUUGGCGUUGGAGUGUAUUUAUUUAACUUGCGACUCCUUUCAAAGCAUGCAUUUAAGGUAAUAGGGACAUGGCACGCACAGUUUUGCAAUCUGUUUUACAAUCCGUUUUCCACUCACCUGGAGGAGGAUAGUGCCCUUCCACCUCUGCACCUGCCCCUGCCAAUCUGCCAAUCGGGUGACAGCGGUCUCUAGAGACUGGCGCGCGGGGGCGGGGUCCGAGGCAGGGGCGGGG